ACCAAACAAAGCUUUCUGUUUCUGAAUAACAUUUUUUCUCUAUCUCUCUCUCUUCAAAUCCCUCAAACCAUUUUCCUCACUUUUUAGUUUUAACUCUCAAUUUUCAUUCACAACUCUCUUUUUAUCAACAAACAACAACUUUCUGUAGAAAAACCAACAAAAAGGUUUUCGGUGAUAAUGGCUGGAAAUACCGGCCAAAUCGAUAUAAACUCUGAGGCCGUUUUGUUUGGUCGAGAAAAUGAUGUUGUGGGGGUUGAAUCAUCAGUGUCCAACGUUAUUUGUGUCGGUUUCUCUCGUUCUGAAACCCUAAUUGGUGACCAUGUUGGUGGUGGUGAGGUUGUGGUUCAUGAUCAGAAGGUUUUUAAUGUUGGAGAUGAUAGAGGAGUCAAUGGUUCUGUGGAGGUUUUUAAUGGCAGUGAAAAAGAGGGUUUUGAUGAAGAACCUGAUUUGGUGGGUGUAGGGAGUGGUUUGGAGGAAGGAGUGAAAGUUGUUGAUGGAGGGUGUGAUGAGAAAGAAAGAGAGGUUUCGUGUGGGACGGUGAAGAAUGAAGAUGAGAAAAGUGGGAUUGAAUGUUCAGAUGGAGUUUUGUUUGAUUAUGGGGGUUUGUUUAUUGAAUUUAAUGAUGGUUUUCAGAGUGAGCUGGGGUGUGAGAAGGCUAGUGAUGUUGCUGAAAAUGGUUUGCCGAGCAUUGUGUCGAAUAAUGUGACUCAAGGGGGUGAUAAUGAUGCGGUUGAGUGUGCGCAGGAGGAGGUUAAGAACGAUGGUUUGGUGAAUUUAAGCAUGGUUGUGGAGGCUGAUGGCGAGAGGAAUGAUGCUGAUAGUUUGGUUACUAAAAAUGGCCUGGAAGAUUUGCAUGCCACAGAAGUUGCAACCUACCAAUUACGGGAUGGCAUUCCAUGUAUGGAAGGUGUGGAUGUCAUUGCUGAAGAAUCUUUGCAUGUGAAAGACUUGUCAAGGAAUUGCCUUGAGCUAGAACCUUCAUGUGAGUUGAAACAGCCAGCCUUUCAGGUAGAUGCAGAUGUAGAUGUGAUGCAGAAUCAAACCAUGGUUGUUGAUGUUUCUGAAGAACUAUUUGAGAAUAUACAAAGUGAGUGUCAUGGUUUUAAUCUUGUUGUGGAUCUGAAUUCUUACAGAAGCACGCAGAAGGUUGGCAUGUACUGGGGAUCAGUGUCUUCGGAAAUGAAUUUCCGUGUGUCUGAUUUAGUAUGGGGAAAGGUGACUGGCCAUCCUUGGUGGCCAGGUCAGAUCUUUGAUGCCUCAGCUGCAUCAGCGAAGGCAAAGAGGCAUCUCAAGGAAGGCUGUCACCUGGUAGCGUAUUUUGGGGAUCAAACCUUUGCUUGGAAUGAUGUAUCAAUGAUUAAACCAUUUCAGAUGCAUUUUUCGCAAAUGAACAAGCAGAGCAAUUCAGAAAAUUUCCACCAUGCUGUUGAUUGUGCUUUAGAUGAGGUCUCAAGACGGGUUGAGUUUGGUUUAUCCUGCCCUUGCAUGCCUGGAGAUGUGAUUUCUAAGAUUAAAACUCAAGUAAUUAGUAAUGCUGGAAUCAAUAAUCAGUUGUGCAGAAGAAAUGGAGGGGACAGGAUUAUGAACCCAAUGUCUUUUGAACCCAUGAAACUUGUCAAUUUUGUUAAAUCAUUAGCCCAGUCUCCACUUGUUGAAUCUGAUAGGCUGGAUUUUGUAAUUGCACGUUCCCAAUUGUCAGCCUUCUAUUGCUCAAAGGGUUAUUCUCAACUACCUGAGUUCCCAGUGCUUGGUGGGUUGUUCGAGAAUGAUAUGGAAACUCUAUUCUUGAAAGGGAAAGAGCAAUGUGAUUAUCAAACCCAUGUUGGUUAUACACAACAGGAGCACAAGCACAUCUCGGGGGAUGAAAAGCGGCGCAGUAAGAAAAAAAAACUUUUGUCAGAUUUGAUGUCUGAGAAGGGCUUCUGUAUUUCAAAUGGUGAAGGCACAUCAGAACAGGAGGCUAAGUCAGUUCCACGGCGUCGUGGGAGGAAAAGGAAGUCAGCUUACAAUAUUUCGGAAGAUUAUUUCCAUAAUUCCCUAAAUAGAAGGCUCUUCCAAUUUCAGCAUGCUUCUACAAAUGACAUGAGGUCUCAACUUUGCUUGGCUGCCAAGGAUCCAAUUGGAGAAAGUUGCUCUAGUGACAUGGUACAUUUCUUUGCAGAAUUUCGAAAAUCCAUUAGCAUUGAUUAUUCUGCUUCCUUGGAUCAAGAAAUGUCUUUGGAACAAAUGCAUGAUGGUGAGACCGGAGUAACUUCUAUAACAGCAUUGACAUCUGAAAUGGAGCCUUGCAGUGAUUCUUAUUGGCCUGAUAGAAUAAUUCAAAGCAUUCCUGAGGACCAAUCAUUGACAAAAUACCAGAAUGAGAGAGCCAUUUUUUUGCCUGAGACUCUAACGGAGGCUAAUGAUAGAAAUCUUGGAUCAGAAUCUUCUAAGCUUGUGGAACAUUUGGUUGGGAGUUCUCAAGAGGGCUUCUGCCCCACUGCUCUGACUCUGAAAUUCACAAACUUGGAUUCUGUUCCUUCAACAACCGAUCUCAACAAGAUUUUUUCCCGUUUCGGGUCACUGAUUGAAUCAAAGACUGAACUGCUAGAGAGGACUAACCGCGCCAGAGUGGUUUUCCAAAGACGAUCGGAUGCAGAAGCUGCUUUUAGUAGUGCUGGAAAAUACAGCAUAUUUGGACCUUCACUUGUUAGUUAUCGCCUCAAGAUUUUGCCUCGUAAGCCACAACAAAAGGGUACAGUAAAGCGAGGCAGAAAAAGAAGAGAAACAAGUUCUGUGGAUGGCGCAGCAGUUUGAUGCCUUGGUGUUGACCCUUCCAACCUUAAAUAGAAUGUUGAAUUAAGGUUGGUGUUUUUAUGUGAAUGUCAACAUUCCUAGUAUAUUAUGUUGAGCUAAGGUGACACGCAUUCUAAUACAUAGAAUUGACUGAUUGAUAUUUGAGAGUAGGAUCCAUUACAUUUUAGUUGCCACGGUGCAUAUAGUUUGGAACUAAUACAAGGAAAGAUCCAUGUUUCAGCUGGUA